AUCCCAAGAAGCUUGGUAAAGUGUCGCCAUUUUGACAGUCGCUCAGACGAGCGUAGUGUUAGUGAAAAUAUCGUGAAAUUCUGUCGCCAUCCGUCCCUUUACUUCUAUUAUUAGGAUAGGAUUAAUUUUUCAUUCAUCCGUCAUUGGAACGAGCCCAGCUUAGUGGUUCGUUCCGCGGGUUCCUCAGCAUCUAAAUGAGCGUCUGUGAUCAGCAUGUCAGCAUCGUCCGGGUCACAAGCAAAGGGGGAGAAAUCAAAGAAGUUCCAGUCACUGAAUAUAAAUAAUAUAUUUAAGGGCAAAUCUAUUGAAACCACCCAAAAAACUGUAAUUCAGAAACAUGGCAUGCAAAGCCUGGGUAAAGUGGCGUCUGUACGGCGCGUUCCUCCUCCUGCUAACUUGCCAAGCCUGAAAGCAGAGAAUAGUGGUAACGAUCCUAACGUGAAUUUGGUACCAGCUGGUGGUCAAGGAUGGGGCAGCAAGGCGGAGGAGAUGACCCCCGAUGGGUCGUCGACCCCUCAGGAGGUAACGCCAACACCAACUCCACCACUCGAUCUCACUCUAAAGGCACCCGGGGCAGGGGCACCUAUGAGUGUGGAUGUGGGCAACCAAGUAUCAACCAACAGCAACCUAGGAAACAGCACAAGUUCAACUCCAAAUUCUCAACCUCCCAUAAUUGGUGGAGGCGGUCCAGUACUGGAAGGUGGGAACAGUGGGGUUACGCUCAACAGUCCCACUAUUAUUACGAACAGCAAUACCACCACACCCACCAACAACAACAACAACGGAAAUACCACCACCAACAACAAAAGCAAAAAUAUCAACAAUCCCAGUGUAAGCAGUAUAUCUAUCACUUCCACAACCAGCACUGCCACAACAAGCACCAGCAACUUAAUCUGCAACAUGAGCAGCAAUUCGAGCAACAAAACCACGUGUGGCACAACUACCACUGCUACAAUUCCCAGCCUCAUGAGCAACCUCACCAUAAACAGCAGCAGCAUUACCACUUCCACACCCACCAGCAACAUAAGCAAUGGGAACAACAAUGUAAACAACAGCAACAAGCCAUGGAGCAGUGCAGCAGCAAGUGGGGUAAUUCCUGGUGGUUCCCCCGGGGCACCGCUCCCACUGGAUGGUGGGCUCCCACAGUCCUCCUCAGUCCAACAGUCGCCGUUUUUUCAUCGGGAGUUCCCCAAACUUGGUGGUGGCAACUUGCCAGCAGAGUCUUCGCCGCAGUAUGGGCCUGGGCCCAGCUUACGACCUCAAACCGAGGGCAGCUGGAUCCAGGGUGGGGGUCGUGGGGUGGUGCAGCUGCCGCAGGAUGAGCGCUUGCCCAACCCACAGACUACAACUACAUUUAAUGGAGAGGUGCAUCCCCCAAAUCGUUCUGGGGGUAUGGGACCAAGAGGAACACCACCUGGUGGGUCAGCAAUGGUGCCAGGAGGUCCCAUUGGUCCCAUGGGACCAGUCCCAUCUCAUGGAUCCCAAUCUCAUCAAUUCAGGGGAGUCGCACCUCCCUAUAUGGUGCGUAGUAACUUCCCAGGAGGUUUUCCACCAAAUUAUCCUGGUCAUCCAAGACCCCCUUUUGUACGUGACCAGCGUUACAGAGGGGGCGGUGCCCCUCCCACGGGCUCUACUGAUGAAGAUAUUGUUUUGCCUCCUCCUAUUAUUAAGAAGGAAGCUUUAGAGGGGUUUGAGGAUGAUCCUUGUGUGGCUGAGGACUGGGCCACUAGUGCUGGAGAAGUAGAUUAUAACCAAAAGUUGAACUUCAGUGAAGAUGAAGGAGCUGCAGAAGAGGAGAGCAGCAAACAGAAAAACUUAGAUUGGAAGUCAGAUAGGCGGGAAAGGUGGGAGAAAGAGCGAAUACGUGAUGGCAGAGAAAGUGAUGAAAGGCACGAGGAGCCUUUAGUGUCACGGGACCGUGAGCAGCCUCUAGCGACACGGGAUCGUGAGCAGCCUCUGGCGACACGGGAUCGUGAGCAGCCUCUAGCGUCACGGGACCGUGAGCAGCCUCUAUUAUUGCGGGACCGUGAACAGCCUCUAGCGUCACGGGACCGUGAGCAGCCUCUAUUAUUGCGGGACCGUGAGCAGCCUCUAGUGUCACGGGACCGUGAGCAGCCUCUAUUAUUGCGGGAACGUGAGCAGGCACUAUCAUCUCGGGACCGAGAUCAGCCUCUAGUAUCACGGGACCGUGAGCAGCCUCUAUUAUUGCGGGACCGUGAGCAGGCACUAUUGUCACGGGACCGUGAGCAGGCAUUAGUAUUAAGAGACCGUGAUCAGCCACUAGCAUCCCGGGAUCGUGAGCAGCCACUAGCAUCUCGGGACCGUGAGCAGCCACUAGCAUCUCGGGACCGUGAGCAGCCACUAGUAUCCCGGGACCGUGAGCAGCCACUAGCAUCUCGGGACCGUGAGCAGCCACUAGCAUCUCGGGACCGUGAGCAGCCACUAGUAUCCCGGGACCGUGAGCAGCCACUGGCAUCUCGGGACCGUGAGCAGCCACUGGCAUCUCGGGACCGUGAGCAGCCACUGGCAUCUCGGGACCGUGAGCAAGCACUAUCAUCCCGGGACCGUGAGCAAGCACUGGUAUCUCGGGACCGUGAACAGCCACUACCAUCCCGGGACCGUGAGCAGCCACCACCGUCUCGGGACCGUGAGCAACCACCAUCGUCCCGGGACCGUGAGCAGCCACUGUCGUCACGGGACCGUGAGCAACCUUCAUCGUCACGGGACCGAGAGCAGCCACCAUCGUCCCGGGACCGCGAGCAGCCACCAUCGUCCCGGGACCGCGAGCAGCCACCAUCGUCCCGGGACCGCGAGCAGCCACCAUCGUCCCGGGACCGUGAGCAGCCAUCAUCGUCCCGGGACCGCGAGCAGCCACCAUCGUCCCGGGAUCGCGAGCAGCCACCAUCGUCCCGGGACCGCGAGCAGCCACCAUCGUCCCGGGACCGCGAGCAGCCACCAUCGUCCCGGGACCGCGAGCAGCCACCAUCGUCUCGGGACCGCGAGCUGCCACCAUCGUCUCGGGACCGCGAGCUGCCACCAUCGUCUCGGGAUCGCGAGCAGCCACCAUUGUCCCGGGACCGUGAGCAGCCACCAUCGUCCCGGGACCGUGAGCAGCCUCCAUUGUCCCGGGACCGUGAGCAGCCACUAUCGUCCCGGGACCGUGAGCAGGCACAAGUGUCACGGGAUCGUGAGCAAGCACUAGUAUCCCGGGACCGUGAGCAGCAACUAGUAUCCCGGGACCGUGAGCAGGAGAGAGAGCAAGGUUUGAGAGAGAGGGCCCACCAGGGUCCUCGAGAUCGUGAGAGUAGAAGAGAAGUUGGGGAAGACCGUCGUGUUCAGGAUAAUCGUCGUUAUUCUCCUGGUGAAUCGGGUAGAUGGCAACAGCAAAGAAAUUAUGAUUAUCCAAGAGGAGGUCCAUCUAGAGACUAUGGUGGUCUCCAGGGAUCUGGAAUGAGGGGUGGUCCACCCCACCUUGGGCCUUCUUAUCUCCCUUCACAUGCACCUUCUCAUAAUUCAAGUACGCCUGGACUUGUGCCCUCACAUCCUCCCUCUGUAAAUCCUGUCCACCCUCCAACACACACUACCUCUCAUCCUGUGCAUGCACCUUCACACUCCCCAGCACCACUUCCCCGUGAAGAGGAAGAGAUGUGGCGUGAAAAACGGGCUACUGGGGAUGAAGUGCAGGUUGCUCUUGAGCGGGCACGCCUACGCCACGAAGAGGAAGAAAAGCGUUAUGAAGAAAAAAAGAGGUACGAGCAGACCAAGAGUGUUGGAAAGAAACACAAGGACUCGUGGGAUGCUCGUGCUGAUUUUAUUGAUGAAAGGGAAAGGGAAGAGACUGAUCCUGUUAUUGGGUGCUCGCGUGGCAAUAGUGAAACAAGGGAUGAUAAAGCUUUGAGUCGUGAUGGUGGACGUGAUUAUCGGCAGUACCAAGACAGGCGGGAUAAUUACAGGGAAAGUUACCGGGAUCACUCGAGGGAUCAGUUUGAACGACCGUAUGACAGACGUGAUGGGGCACGAGAACAACAACCUGUGUUUUCAUCACAGUUCAAGAGUAAGUUGCCCCCCAGGUUCCAAAAACAGCAGCAGCAGCAAGAGAUGAUGCGUGGUGGGCAGCCUUUCCGUGGGCCUAAUGCCCAGCCACCACCAUCGUUUGAACCUCGCUUUGGUGCUUCUGGAAGCUUUGGUACAACGCCUGCUGGUCGCUUUAUGGGGCACGACACUGAUGGUGUCAAAGAGAGACGCUUGAGAACCGACAGUGAUACCUCGGGAGAAAUUGAGGAGCGACCUGCUAGUGUCCCCUCGGUUGAACGCCAUCGUGAUGAUAGGGACGAUCGUUCUGAUCAAAGGGAAUAUCGAUAUGAUCGUUCCGAGCGAGUAGAGCGGCAGGAGAGGGUGGAGCAUCCCGAGAGGGUGGAGCGGCCCGAGAGGGCGGAGCGGCCCGAGAGGGCGGAGCGGCCCGAGAGGGUGGAACGGCCCGAUAGGGUGGAGCGGCCCGAUAGGGUGGAGCGGCCCGAUAGGGUGGAGCGGCCCGAUAGGGUGGAGCGGCCCGAGAGGGUGGAGCGGCCCGAGAGGGUGGAGCGGCCCGAGAGGGUGGAGCGGCCCGAGAGGGUGGAGCGACCCGAGAGGGUUGAGAGAGUGGAGCGGCCCGACAGAGUGGAGCGAACAGAUAGAGUUGAAAAGCCAGAACGCCCAGAACGAAUUGAUUCACGGGGCCGUGAAGACUUGUACGACAGAUCGGAUAGAGAUGGGAGGUAUCGUGGGCGUGGAUCCCAAGGAAGCUAUAGAGAUCGUGAUCGUGAUCGUGAUCGUGAAAGUUGGGCACGCACAACAUAUCACGAAAAGUUUGAAGAGCGUGCAAGUCAAGACCAGAGAGACUUUGACUUUGAUAGACGUCGCAACAUAAAUGGAGAAGAUUGGAAUAAUAGAGCGAGAGAAUUUGAACGAGACAGCAGCAAGAAUCGUCGUCUUGACAACAGAAAGAACUUUGAAGACCGUAUUGAAAGACCGGAGCGAGGGGAGAAUUUUGUCGAAAGGCGUUGUGAAGGAAAACUUGAACCGUGGAGUCGGCCGUACGACCCCGAACCUAUUGUAAAUAAGGAUUCUUCCGAUUUUGAGUCAAGUGAAUUGCGAAUGGUACAUAAAGAAUGGGACAAAGAAGUUGAGGCUGCCGAGAAGCAAAUGGAAUUACGCGAGGAAGUACGCGAUCGCCCUCAACGUCCUGACAGUAGAGACAGCAGGUCCAGUAGGGAAUCACGUGCAAGCAAAGACUCCUUCGAGCGUUCGACAAAUCUUCUUCCAAGGGAAAAGAAGUUAGAAAUAACUUCAUGGGCAGAUGCUACAUAUGAAUAUGAUGACUAUUAUAGAACAGAUGGAAAAGUGGAUGAUUUCAGUCGUGAACUGAAUUACCAAGAAUCCCCCAAAAAGAUUGAGAUAAUAGAAGAUAAGCUAGGUAAGGUAACAGAGAAAGAAUACAAGGAAGAAUGUCCCAAAGAAAACAGUGAAUUACAUCAGCGGGAAAUACCUAAGGAGAGUGGCCGUGCUGCUCAUGCUCCAGCACCUAUUACGAGAGAAAGGUUAGAAGCCUCCGAUAAAGAAAAGGAAAUAAGGAAAAAUAUGACAACUCUUAAGAAAUCACCUCAGGGAGAACAAGUUCGCAAAGUUGAAGUAAAAGUUGUUGUUCACCCUAAGGAGCAUAGGGACAAUGUAUGGGCGAGCCGUUCAAAAAACGCCGAACGCUCCCGCCCCGAUUCCAGCGGCACGGCAACGGUGGUGGCCAACAAUUCAGGCAACAGUUUGACCAAGUCCGCGGAGUCCAGCAUUUGGGGCGUGGCCAAGCAAACAACUUUAAACAGCGAGAGCACAAUGCCAUCCACCGGGGUGGUCGCAGCAGCAACAACAACAACAGCAGCACCAGCAGUCAGUCAGGUCAGCACCAGUAUAAUCAACAACAGUACUCUCGCAAACAACACAACCACCACAACAGUGGACGUAACAAGGGUAUCAACACCACAGGAAGUUAUUGGCAAAACUUCAGUGUCCCAACCACAACCCCUAAUGCAACAACUCGUCCAACUACCACAGCAACAACUGCAUCAGUCGGAGCAGCAGAAGCAGCAACUGCAUCAGUCAGAGCAACAGCAACAACCACUACUAUCAUUACAGCAGCAGCAGCAGUCUUUACACCAACAACAGCUGGCCGGAACCACAACAGACGCAAUCACCACCACAACUACUACCCUCGCACAAGGGUCUUCUCAAACAGCAACCGCUGGCGGAGAGAACACUGAGGGAAAUAUUGAAGUGCCUGAGAACAAAAGUGCUGAGCGGGGCGGGGGCAGUAAGACCACAUCAUCAGCAUCUCGAGGUAACAGAGGAAACCGCUAUGAAUCUUCUCGAAGUGGAGGACGUAGCAGUGGAUCUAGAGGUGGUAUAUACCCCUUGUACCGUGGGGCUAGAGGAAGUCGUGGAGGGGACUAUAAUCGUCGAGGUAGAGGUCCACCACCAAGAUUCCAAAAUCGUGGGUACAGAGGUGAUGAUGACUACUACUACUAUGAAGAGUAUCACGGACGCUCUCAUAGGGACCGAAAGGAUGAUUGGAGUAGUAGCUGUGAAGAUUGGAGUAGUGCACCAUUAGCAUCAGGGGGAAGCAACAGUGCUGCAGGAACAAAUAAUAUCGGCAGUGGUUCAUCUCUACCCACCAACCGGGAGGAGUGCGGUGAUGGUGAGCGCUCCCAAUUUGGUCGAGGUGGCGGCCGGGGACGAGGGGAGGCCAGGCGGGGAAGCUCCAGGGGUGGUGGUGGAGCUUCAUCACUUCAGGGCCAUGCAGGGGGCAGGGGGCGGUCAGCACCAGCACAUGGUGGUGGCGGCAGUGGUGGUGGUGGUGGAAGUUGUGGCAAUAUCAUCGGUGGCAAAUCUCUGACUACUGAGGAGGGAAAAGUCCCCAAUACUGAAAGUGGUGCGUGUGAUUCUGCUGCCCGCAAACAGCAGCAGCAGCAACAGCAGCAGCAGCAACAGCAACAGCAAAGCAGGUUUGACAGGAUGCCACCCAGGUUCCAAAAGCGUCGAGAAUUUGAACGUCAGAGAGGUGGUGGUAGCAGUGGAGGAGGAACCAGUAGCCAUAAUAAGAGAGGACGUGGAGUUUCAACAGCACUCGCAGGCUCUGGAAGUGGAGGGGUUACAUCAUUGGCAACUACAGUGUCGACAAAACCGGGCAUGAAGGAAGGCACUCCAGAGACUACUGAAGAAGCAGACUGGGAAACUGCUUCUGAAAGCAGUGAUCCUGAGGCUCGAAAAGAAAAUAAGGAGAAGGCUGCAGCCAUGUUGAUUAAAGCAGAUCAUCGCAAGGGAAGCAAAGCAGAUAGGAAGAGUGGUGGUGGUGGUGGCGGCGGCGGCGGCGGCUGGGCUCCCUCAUCAGGUGGGGGUUUAGCACAGGGACGUAACUCACUUGGCAAGGAAUCUAAAGCAGAGUGCCAAAGUGUUCCCCAAAAUACUAGCCAGCAGAGGUUUGGUGAGAAGAAGGCUCCGCAUAAAAAUGAGAAAAAUAAGAAUGGACCUACAAGUGGAAAGGGCACAAAAAUUGAAACUACUGUCAGUCAAGUGCAUGAGAUAAAGUUAGACCCUACCAUGGUACACCAGGCUCUCUCUGAAGUCAGCAACAAAAAUAAGCCCAAGCAAGAGAAAGCCAACCCAUUGGAGGGCAUCGACUUGAAUAAUUAUGCUAGUGUGGUGAUAGUUGAUGAUCAACCACAAGUGUCUGAGCUCAUUGAUGACCAUAUGGACUCAAAUGAUGGUUUCCAGGAAGUAACCAGACGCAAAUCUGGGAAGGAAAAGCUGAAGACCCAGUUGCAUGAACCUUCAUCAGUGUCAACUGCAGUCAGUGAACCUACAACUGUUGGUAAUAGUAGUGUUGCUGGUCCAACACCUGCCACCACUUCAAAGAAACAACAUAAAGAAAAGAAAAGUCGCACUAACAAAACUGGUGGAUUUGAGCGAUCGCGUCAGAGCAAGCUCCCUCCAAGACUAGCAAAGCAGCGCGAGAACAAUAGAAUCAAUGCAAUGAAAUCGGCUGGGUCUUGCAGUCCUGUAGAAUCUCCGAGUAACACAUUAUUCCCUGUGAAAGAUACAACAGCUAUUCCUCCACCACCUAAGAAUGCAUGGGAUAAGCCUCUAACUGCAACUCUUAGAGCAAAUUCUCCUUCUCAGGCUCCAACAUCUGGGGAUGGAACUAAUCAAACUGGAAUCAAACCAGCAUCUUUUGAUAACCAUGAUAGUGGCGUAGAAAUUAGUGAUCAACCAAAUUCUGGAGGCAGUAGUCAGCGAUCAAGCCCAAGUGAUGAUCCAACCAGUUUUUCAAAAGUAGACAAGAAUACUCUGGAUGGAACAUCGGUUCCUUCCCAGACUAUCAUAUUUGAAAAUACUAAUUUCAAAGCUGCAGGUUCAGUGAAUGCUACUGUAGGUGCAGAAUACAAGGCAAAGUUUGGUGAAGCCCCUAAGCCUCAGAGACAGCGUGAGAACAGGGAUAGAAAAAGUGUUUCCCCAGAAACUACAUUGUGUAUGAAAGAUGAUAAAGAUAAGAAACUUGAAAAACCAGAACCUAUUGAAUUACCACUGAAUUUUUCAACUAAAGUAGAAGAAAAUGGUACGGACAUGAAAUUAGAUUUCACAUUUGACUCCGAGUUGUCAGAAGUUCCAGGUUCUGUCAGUACCAAGGGAAUUAGUCUUCCUCGAUCCCUGGUAAUGACUUCUGGUAGUAUGCAGAGUCCAAUAUCUCCAUCAACAGAUGACCUUAACCUUAAAAUUGCUUCAGUAAAAAAGGUAUGGGAAACAAUGGCACCAGUUCCUGAGCAUGCAGAGGAUGUGACCAGUUCAGUGGCAUUUUCAACAGCAAAUUUUUCAGCUGUAGAUAGUGUUGCAGGACUUGACCACUCUCCAGCACUUGAAGCUUCCUUUACACCAAAAGACACCACUACUGUUGGUUCUUGUGAAGAUCACUCUCAAGAUGUAGGAGGGUAUCAGGGUGGCUCACCUCUUCAGCAAGGAGCCAUGGUAUACACCUCAUCUGCUGCCGCCUCAUUGACAAAGGCUGAAGUUAGUCGAUCAGGGAAUGUGUGUAAGGUAAAACCACAACAGCAAACAGCCAAUAGCUCGGUGUCUCCGGGGCCUGGUGGAUCGUCCUUGGGAAUCUCGGGUGGUUCAUUAUCUCCUCCCUUGGUUUCGGGAUCAACUGGUCCUUCAAAUAGUAUGUAUCAGGCUUUAGGUGGUACAGCCGCAUUUGGUGGAAUAGGAGGUGCAAUCCCAUCGCCUCCCAUGGUGUUCAAUUCCAACCCACAGACAGGUUUAUACCAACCAUUUUUGGAUGGGGCUCCUGUUCUUGGGCAGAGAGGAGCAUCCCAGUUUUCACAGUAUCCGCCAUAUGGGAUUGGACAAGGGUUAGGAAGUAAUGCAUUUGGUCAGCAGUCAAUGUAUUUGCAGACUCCUCCACCUCUCACAACACCAGAUCUUUAUACUAAUAAUCUAUCUCAGUACAGACUCCAGCCUGCUGGAGUUACAGGUUUUGGGCAGAGUCAGCCUCAAAACCAAAAUACCGUACUUAUAUCUACUGCUUCAAAUUCACUAAUGUCUUCUGCAGUGAAGCCAUCAUCACAAACAUUUGGGAAUUCACAACAGAAUUUUGGCACCAUUGGGUCUAAGGCUGGUACACCAUUCCAGCAGAGUGGCUUAGGAACGGCUUUACAAGGUGGUCCCCAGCCCUCGCAGUUGUAUAUAUAUGAUCCCAGCCAACCCAUGGGUCUCCUAGGAUCACAGUUGGUCCAACGACCUGGUGUACAGAAUUCUGUUAUUCAGGCAAUACAGCCACCAAGUUCAUUUUACUCUAAUAGUGGUGCUGGUGCACCAGGUGCCCCACCUACAGCACCACCUACAGGACCUGGAGGUCCCCAACAGGCAGCAGGAUUUUAUACUGCCUCAGGGUCACCACUGCAAGCAGCAGUGCAGCAGCAAGCACAGCCACCAUUGCAGACACCACCUGCAGCAUAUGGCUUACAAGGUUUUGGCAGUCAAUCUCAGCCUGGCCCAGCAGGUGUAGGAAUGCAAGGAUUUGGUUCCAGUAUGAGUCUCGCCGCACAACAACUCGGGGCCCAAGCAUUUCGAGGUGCCCCAACGCUUCCUCCUAGCUUUUUGAAAUCUUUACAACCAGGAGCCAGUAUUCAAGAUACAUCCCGCCAGCAGCUCAAGUCUCCAGGGGCAGCCCAGAACUCCUUCUCUUCAACAUUUUUUCCUCCCACAAGCAGCAUAUCUUCAUCUGUGAAUAGCAGCUGUAGUAGCAACACCAGCCAUGGAGGCUCCAGUAUGCCACAGAUAUCGUCUCCAAAGACACAAAGCAGAAAAAUGCCCUCUCAGCCUGGAUUAUCACACCAAAGCUCAAACAGGAAUGCAUCAUAUACUGCUCAGAAUGCCUCUCAGGGGCACGCAUGCCUCUCCUUGUUUACAUCCACCCACAUGAUGGGUGGGAGCCUCAGGUCCGCAGGAAUGGUAAUGGGCCUUCGUGGACAAUUACCUAUGGCAAGCCAGAGUGGUUUGGGUGGACCAAAUCCAACAAUGGCUACUAGCUCCCGAUAUCCAAACCCAGGGCCAAUUCAACGUCCUGCAGCAUCUCAGGGUUCCGGCAACAGCAACAAUCAUCGUUUAAGCCGUGGACAGUCACAAGGGCAGCAACAGCAGCAACAGACACAACAGAGAACCUCAAAUCCUCCAAGCUCUGCUCAACAAGCCAAGCUCAGGGCUGAUGCUCUAAGUACCACUCAGGCUUUCUUCAAUCGUGAUGCUGGCAAGUCUGAGAAGAAAGUGGAAGAUAAACCAGCUGAAUCACUUGUAUCAUCAAAAGAGGAGCUGUCGGCAGAUAAAGUCUCGACGUCGCCUUCAACUGCAGGAGAUUGCCCACCCAAGUGAACUGGGGGAUUGUCUGUCAUAGCUUCCAGGAAAAUUACAUAUAACAUAUAUAUAUGAAGCUCGUUUCCUGAUUGAUUGUACAGGUGAUGAACAGUGAAUGAAAAUUUGUUUUUGACAGUGGUUUAACUUUUAGAAAAUUAUACAUGGAAUACAAGACAAUUCUCAUCUCAGUGUCUAAGAGAUUUGCUGUGGUAGAACAAAUUAACUUUGUGGUUUAUUUCUUUGUAGAAGGCAAAGUUUAUUAUUUGAGUGAACUUUAUUUUCCUCUACUUGAAAAGCUUGAGUGCUGUGCUAGAAACAUAGACAUAUUUGAUGCUAUGGUUUCAUUUAGAAGCGUUACAUGCAUGUGGACGGUGCAUAUGUUACUCUGGGUUGAUUUUUGUAUGUUGUCAGUUAAGGACUCUUGGUGCAUGGGAUGGGCACCUGUGUUUAUGUAAUACAGGAAGAUAUGUACUGUACAGUACUACACAGGAAAUAAGUGGGUAAUGCACAUGUCUCUCUUCUAGUUAAUAUUCUUUUGAUUUCCCAUGCUCCACACUGAUGGUUCCUGGAGCUAAUACUGAAUAGGAUUAGAAAGUGAGCUUUUUAAAAAGAGGAUGGUCCUCUUGGAAAAAGUUCUGGUUAGUAAAAAUGCUAAGAAAGUACAGUAAUACUGACCACAAAAUGGAAUAUUUUGUUUUGAAGUUGAGACAUUAUUACUGGAAUUUACAUGAGAUACAGGUUUAUAAGUUUCAAAUUGUAUUUGAAGUGAGACCAAAUGCAAGAUACACUUAUUGAUGCAAGAAUCUUGUAGUCUUCAGUCUGUAAGUGAUCUCGUCACACGUCUCGAGUGUAAUGAGCAGCUGAGAAAUAAGCCGAGGUGUCUUGCCAGCCGGUCACUGCGCCAACUUGCUGCUGAGGAACCUGGGGCCACUUACCUUGUGGGACACAUGGCGACAGAAUACAACCAACACCCUCUCCUUCACAGAUGUGUGGAAAAGCACAGCAGCUCUAGCCAACCUGGUUUACUGCCACUGCCCCUGACAGUUGAUGCCAGUUGGUCAGCUGCAAUAUCUACAUUUUCAUGUAACUUGUGGCAUUUUACCAUGUGUAUAUGACUUGAUAUCGUUCCCUUAUUGUUACGCUGUUAAAAAGCGCACCGUAUGGGCAACUCUGGGAGGGCUUCGUGUUGCUUGAUGUGGCUGUGGCAGCUAGUGGGUGUGGGAAGAUUUAAUAUUUGGCUGUGGCCUACUCAACCAACCACACUCGCAUAACCACCCACGUGGCACGCCUGUGUUACAGUCUUUUAAUUUUAAUUGGCCCCAAACUAAUGAAUGGAUGGGACUCUUUUUAGACCCCUCAGCUUUUAUACCGAUCCAGAGCGAGCAAAGGGGACAAGUGUCCCUCUUCUCAUCACUCUUAGCAGCAAGCUCAACACACCUCGUGUAGUUGUCUUAUUGCAAUAAACUCAAUGUCUCUAA